AUGGUUCUCAGUGAUCAGCGGCCUGAGGCACGGGGUAUGACCCAAACAGCAAGCGCUAACUUGCUGAACCUGAGGCCGCUUUUCCGACCAAAAAGCGACGCUAUCAAAGGAAUCCUGAAAUCUACGGUCAGGAAGCCGCGAAUGUCAUCCAUGGCGGAGCUACGGGCAGCCUAUGCGGUGUUCCUUGAAGCAUGGGCUUAUGUGAGCACCUCAGACGAUGACGGAAAGACGCAUUAG